GCUCUUUAUUUUUCGCCUGCACCCCUUCGUCUCGAAACCUCUCUUCCCGAUGGCUGAGGCGCAACCAAAGGCCCCCGUUCCCCACAAGAGGACCUUCCGCAAGUACACCUAUCGCGGGGUCGACCUCGCGGACCUCGUCAGCAUGUCCCCCGAGGCGCUUCUGAAGCUCUAUCCUGCUCGCGUGCGAAGGAAGUUCUCUCGAGGAACCAAGAAAAAGGAGGCCAUCCUGAUGCGCAAGCUCCGCAAGUCGAAGGUCGGCGUCAACCCGGAUCUCGGAGAGCGCCCGCGCCGAGUCAAGACCCACCUGAGGAACGCCAUCGUCACCCCGGAAAUGGUCGGGUGCAUCAUCGGCGUCCACGACGGCAAGGACUUCACAAACGUGGAAAUCAAGGCCGACAUGAUCGGGCACUACCUCGGCGAGUUCAGCAUCACCUACCACCCUGUCUUGCACGGCCGACCCGGUAUCGGCGCGACCCACUCCUCCCGCUUCAUCCCCCUGAGAUAAAAAAUAAAAAGCGAAAAUUUCAAUGUCAUCUC